GGGAUGGCGGCGGCGGGAGCGGGCGCGGGGCCGGGCGCGGCGGACUCGGACGGGGGCAGCGAGGAGCUGGUGCUCACCCCGGCGCAGCUCAUCCGCAGCCUGGAGCAGGCCUGGCUGAAUGAGAAGUUCGCCCCAGAGCUGCUGGAGAGCAAACCCGAGAUCAUUGAGUGUGUUGUGGAGCAGCUGGACCACAUGGAAGCAAACCUGAAACGGGCAAAGAGAGGAGACCUGAAGGUCAGUGUUCACCGCAUGGAGAUCGAAAGGAUCCGUUACAUGCUCAGCAGCUACCUGCGGUGCAGGCUUGUGAAGAUAGAGAAGUUUUUCCCCCACAUCCUGGAGAAGGAGAAGUCUCGAGCUGAAGGGGAGCCUUCCAUUCUGUCACCAGAGGAGUUUGCCUUUGCAAAAGAGUACAUGGCAAACACAGAAACAUACCUGAAAAACGUGGCCCUGAAACACAUGCCACCCAACCUGCAGAAAGUCUCUCUUCUAAAAUCAGUUCCGAAGCCCAACCUGGACUCCUUUGUGUUUCUGAGGGUGUUGGAGCGGCAGGAAAACAUCCUGGUUGAGCCAGAGACAGAUGAGCAGAGGGAGUACACCAUCGACCUGGAGGAGGGCUCGCAGCACCUGAUCCGCUACCGGACCAUCGCCCCGCUGGUGGCCUCGGGAGCCGUGCAGCUCAUCUGA